AUGGGCGACGCCGAUGGGUACACCCUCGUCCCUCCACCCUGGACUCUCAAGGGCACAGUCUACCUCUUCGCAUUCUGGACCACCAAGUCCCAAGCCGCCAACCCUCCAUCCUUCGCGUACUCCCCCCUCGAGGCCUCUGCGGGCUACGCAACCCCAGAGGGCAGCCGCCACCUCGGCGGCCUCAGCAUGAUCCAGCUCAUCCGCUACACCGAGUCGCCCGUCGGCCCCUACGACGAGCUCAUCCUCAGCCCCGGCUUCCAUGAGUACACCGUCGAGGAGGCCGGCAAGCGCGUCAAGAAGCGCAACGCCCGCAUCACCCGCAUCUACGUCUCCCAGCGCCAGACCUGCUGGAACGGAAGAAAGAACUGGAACAUCCCCAAACACCUCGCCGCCUUUGACUGGCAGGACCAUCAAGACGGCAGCACCACCAUCAAGGUCUACCCGCACGACACCGAGCCCGUGUCCGCCGCGGAAGCGUCACCCAGCAAGACCCCUUUCUUUCAGACAACGUUCCGCCCUACCCCCUUCGUCCCUAGCUUCCCCAUCUCAAUGUCUCUUUUCAAGCAUCUCGGCGUCGACGCCACUCUCGUCCAGCCACCCCUGCCCCCCGGCCAGGGUAGCCACGGCGAGUUGCCAGGCACCGAUCGCUGGUGCGCCGUUGCGCCGGAUCAGUCCUCGCGCAGGUCGAGCGUUGGAUGGUUUGACCUCCGCCAGACCGACGAGCAGGGGAAUGUAGUUGGGGAGCAUGAGAACUUCUGGCCUGGCUUCUGGCGUUGGCAUCUCGGCGUCAAAAUGGAGGAUGCCGAGAUCGGAUUUGGAGAAGGGAAAUAUUGGGAUGCGCCCAAGUCGUUGCUUUGA